GCCGAGCUGGACGCGCAGCUGGCGCUGGCGCGCGCCGCGGCGCUGGAGCUGGCGCGCGGCGUGCGCGAGCUCAGCACGCAGCACGGCGCCGUGGGGCCGCUGCUGGACUCGCUGGCGCGCUCCGUGGCCAGGCUCACGGAGCACAGGAUGUCCCUGAUCGGGUCGUACGACGAGACUGACUCGUUCGUCGACUACCAGACUCGCAUGGUCGGUGCUGCGAAGGAGAUUGCUCGCCUCGCCACGGACAUGACGGCGAAGGCAGCUACAGACUCGAGCAAACUGGUCCAGCUCGGCAAUGAGAUGUGCCAGAAAUACGAACAAUUGGCGCAGGACAGUGUCGGCGCCUCCGCCACCACGCCCAACGUAGACGUCGCUAAUAGGAUUCGCUUAUGCGUAGUAGAGCUGGGAGAGGGCGUGUCGGAACUGAUAAAGUCGGGAGGCCAGUGCAGGCUGGCCGCCAACCCACAGAACCAGCGCGCCGUCGCCGACAACGCCAAGCAGGUGAACGAGAAGGUGGUGAGCGUGCUCAGCGCGCUGCAAGCGGGGUCGCGCGGCACGCAGGCCUGCAUCGACGCAGCCGCCACCAUCGGCGCCAUCAUCGGCGACCUCGACACCACCAUCCUCUUCGCCAGCGCAGGUACUCUCCAAUCGGACAAAGAGAACGACACGUUCUCCGACCACCGCGAGAACAUCCUGAAAACGGCGAAGACGCUCGUCGAGGACACUAAGACGCUGGUGGGGGGAGCUGCCGGAACGCAGGAACAGCUGGCCACGGCCGCGCAGAGCGCCGUCAGCACUAUCGUGCAACUGUGCGAGGUGGUGAAGCUGGGCGCCAUGUCGCUGGGCGCCGGCAGCCCCGAGUCGCAGGUGCUGCUGCUGCACGCGGCGCGCGACGUGGCCGCGGCGCUGCGCGACCUGGCCGCCGCCACCACGGCCGCCAGCGGCAAGCAAGUGGCCCAUCCCGACAUGCAGCGCCUCAAGCACGCCGCCAAGGUGAUGGUGACAAACGUGACGUCAUUGCUGAAGACCGUGAAGGCUGUGGAGGAUGAACACACUCGAGGCAUCAGAGCGCUCGAAAGCACCAUCGAGGCUAUUUCACAAGAGAUUGAGGUCCUAAUGUCACCAACACCGCCGAAAUCCACCGCCACCCCCGAAGAACUCGUCCGAUGUACUCGUCAAAUGACGGUGGCCACCGCUCGCGCCGUGGCCGCGGGCAACUCCAGCAAGCAAGACCAGCUGACCGCCGCGGCCAACCUCGGCAGGAAGACGGUCGCCGACCUGCUGCACGCCGCUAAGGCUGCGGCGCACGCGGCGGAGUCCCCGGAGCUGCGCACGCGCACGCUGGAGGCGGGCCGCGAGGCCGCGAGCGCCUUCCGCGCGCUGCUGCAGGCCGUGCUGGGCGCCUGCGCCGGCGACGCCGCCGCGCGCCAGCUGUUCCCCGAGCUGUCGCGGCGCGUGGCGCACACCGUGGCCGACAUCAUCGCCGCCGCCGAGCUGCUCAAAGGCUCCGACUGGGUGGACCCGGACGACCCCACGGUGAUCGCGGAGAACGAGCUGCUGGGCGCUGCCGCCUCCAUCGACGCGGCCGCCAAGAAGCUCGACUCGCUCAGGCCCAGGAAGAGCGUCCAAGUGCAGGUCGGUCGCUUAGCUCUUUUCUCGUCGCUUUUUGUGGAAUCUGUCGCGAAAGAAGAAGCGAGAAGUCUCAAGAUCGAAGCGGACGUUCUCAAAACGAAGCACGAAGCCCGUAUGCCGCGCGUCGGUAAGAUAUGUUUGAUAUUCUUGGUUGUUGCUCGUCACCCAGGAAUCAAACAUAUUACAUACCGACCGCGGAGAUUGCCACGCUCGAGUGACCCACGAUUUCGCAACAGAUCUGAAGUGCUGCGCAUAGAGAAAGAGCUGGAAGAAGCCCGCGGUCGCCUCACCGCCAUCCGCCAGGCCAAGUACAAGCUGCGGCAGGCGGGGGACACCUCCGCCACGUCGGGAGAUGAUACGGACUACGCUGGAUACGCCAGCGACGCUUCCCUGCACCACAGAUUUAAAACGCCAAACAGCAGUUUCCAGAACACGACAUAUAGUCCGAAUACAACAUACUCACCCCACGCGACACAAAACACGACGAACCUGUCGUCACACAUCUCACAACUCAACCAAUCCAUACACGGCUCAAGUUCACCCGGUUACAUACCAACUUCGCCCGGUUAUGCGCCCACUUCGCCAGGGUACGCGCCGACUUCUCCCGGAUAUGGUCAAAAUGCAACCGGUUAUAGCCAAAAUACGACCGGAUAUAGCCAAAAUACAACCGGUUACAGCCAAAACACAUCCGGUUACGGUCAAAAUACAAGCGGAUAUAGUCAAAAUACAACAACAUCGCCCGGUUAUCAGAACAACGGUUAUAAUCAGCAAGUGUACAGCCAGAGGGACGAGAAGCAGUAUACAGUACAGAGUCCAACCUUCUCCAGCUUCAGGCCUCAAGAUGAAACCCCUAAACAAAAUUAUGAAGGGUUUACUACUCGCCGUACAGAUGACAGAACGAUGCCCGUUCAAUCGAGCAUGGAAGAAACAGUAGUGGUGAGAUCAGCACAACUGCCAGAACUACAAACUGCGUAUUUAAAAAACGAGGGCAAAAAAAUUGAGGGAAGUGAUACCGACAAGAUUUACUACAAAAGAGAAAAGGCACCGCCGCCGCCGCCGCCGCGACGGGUGUCUCUUUUAAAUUACGAAACGCGUCUUUACGACACGCCACGACCCUCUGAGUACAAAACCGAAGAGCAGCGACAUUAUGAAUCUCAACAUUACAGCAAAGAACGACACGAAAAGCAUUACGAUGCUCCAAAGACUCCGCUGAGCCCAAAAUUCAAUGCUCGAGAACUGAAAUUUGAGGACAAACCAGAUAUAUACGCCUCCUUAAAGAAGCCUUUCGAUGGAGUCGGCCAGACUUUCACCGAACACCAGAAAUCUACCGAAGCCAUACCUGGUGGCGUGAAACAAUCCGAAUUCACAGUCAAAAGCGAAUCGUAUUCCUCUUAUCCCAAAUCGGAGUUUAGCAAAACUGUCUCAAGAGAGGAGGUUAAAUCUCCCUACGUUACAUCGACACCCGCUAAAGAUUACCAAGAAUUUAAAAGUACCGAUCUAGUCAAAGUCCCUACUCCGGAAUUCGAAAGGAUAUCAUCUCCUUACGGCAAAGAGACGCACAGUUACGGUGGCCCGAAUUUCAUGGAGGAAACCACAACGGAGGUCAAAGCUAUACCAAAUGGAACCCAAAAGAUAACGACCACAAAAAUUUACAGUUCGUCUCCUGUUAACCUAACGACGACCAACACGAAAUACGAGCCGGUCAAACUGGAAGGCAUAGACGAACUAUCAAAAUUCGACAACGAUUCCCGUUAUAGUACUCUAGACUCGCGAUUCAACACUUUAGAUUCUAAAAUGUCGUCUGACACUAGUCGUUCCUUCAUGAGGCCGUCGGAAUUCCAGACCUCCGACUACCAAUCUUCCAGCAGCGUGACCAAAGUUAAAAAGCCAUCGGAGCUUGUGAAAGAAAUUGACAAUUUGGACAAAAAGUUCUCUAAACAAAGCAUAACUACGGAAACGAUCGAACGAAAGUCCGUCAUGACGAGUUCGCAUAAGCAGGAAUCUAGCUCCACUGUUACCAAGAAAUUUGGCAAUUAUUAAAGCGAAUUAGUAACGAUCACGUCAACGGAAGUUGCAUAAAACGGAAAACGAUGCGCCAUGCUGAAAUCGAAAAAUGUAUUAAACACAAUAAUUUAAUCGUUAAUUGUAAGCGUAAUAUUUGUCAUUGAUUGUUUACGUGCC